CCCGGCCAUUUAGACACCCUCAUCGUUGAUUAGUGCCCGAUCUUUCCACAACUCUCGUCUCGUCACUCGUUCAAUAUCAAGCUAGUCGGUGCUUUUAUUGCUCUUGUCCAUUCUUUGACUCGCCAAGUUUUCGCACUUUGCAGGGGUAAAUCUUGGGCAUCUGACAACCACUAUCAAAAUGGUUUGCCUCAAGCAAGUCGCGGCCCUAGCCGCCGCAUCCUACGCAGCAGGGGCCUACGCCAGCGCCAUCCCCGACCUCGUCGGCGGCGACGGGUCCCCUCAGCCCUCGAUCCCUGCCCUUCGUGAGCGAGGCAACGGCAUCAGCAAGCGACAGACGGCCGGCGGCUUCAUCAACACGGCCGCUAACCCCAUCACCAGCGACUGCGGCGUGGCGGCGGAGUUCAGCCUGAACACGCUCGGCCAGCUCGUCGUCGGCGAUUCAGUCAUCUCCGUGAACCCUGGGACGCCCUUCAUUCCCCUCCGGCCCAUCAGCCCGCCAGGAAGCAUCACUGUCACCUUCGCUCUCCGCAACGGCGCGCUGACCUGGUCAAACCCGGCUUUCUUCGGCGGCCAGGCUGGAUUCUGCCAGGACGCGGCGGGCCAGGUGUAUGCUACCUUUGCUGACCCGACCGUGUCGUACCCAGCGAACUGCGCUCCCGUUCAGCUCGGUCCAGUUGUUGCAUCCACUUGUGGAACCAACGGCGGCACCACCACGGCGUCCGGCAGCGUUACCACUGUCGGCAGCACCAUCGUCAGCACCGGCCCGGGCGGCAGCCUCACCACCACGGUCAGCAGCUUCACCACGACCGUCGCCCCGCCGUUUACCGUGCCGACGACGUCGGCCGUGGCCAACGGCACCCUCACGCUCCCGCCCGGCUUGUACACCGUAGCCGGCUUCGCCAACCCGGCAGGCGCCGUCUGCUCCAUCGUCUCCGAGUCUUGGAUCAUUGGGCAGACGACAUUGCUUUCCCCGCUUGCUACCGGCUCAGUCUAGUAUGGGUUCCUUGUCUAGGGCAGUUUUCGAUAAGCCGUGCAUUUGGGGAAUUCCAGAAGGCUGAGGUACCUCGAGGGAUACAAUCUUUGGGGUACGGAGUACGGAUACUUGAGUGCGUGGUAUUUGAGCAGGGGAAAUUUUGAGGUCACAUUUAGACGCAUUAACAGAAAGGUUAACCAAAAAGUCAACAUCAGUAUUACUUGGCUAGCCAUUUUGAG